AUGGCGGCGAGGCCAGCCGGCGGCCCAGGCGGCCCGGCCGCCGCCCCGGGGGCCCUCCAGUCGACGAACCGCGCCGAGUUCGCCGUCGUCGUGAAGGGCAGUGAAGAGACGGCCCUCUGGCUGGCCGACCUGCUUCGCGCCGAGCUACUGCUGGUAGAGGUCGCGCCCGUGUGCCGAAACACCCGGUGGCUCCUGCUGGUGCGACUCAAACCCGAGGACGCCCCGGUCAUGGCCGAGAAGGUGCUUAAACAUUUCGUCUGCGCAAGUCCAGAGGAGCUCUUUUCACUCACCGAGCGCCAGGAGAUCGUACAGAACGUCAUCGACGGCAUCCGCGCCGAGCAGCUGACCGAGGUUGUGGGACUGGGCCACCGCUGCGUGCUCAUCCAUCCGGGCCAGAGCGUGUUCGCCGUGUGCUGUCGGGCGGACAUCGUGGUGGCGCUGUUCGCGCCGCACGACUACGAGUUGCUGGGCGCCAUACGGCGCCAGUGGCUGUCCAACCUCACCAUACCCGUGCACAUGAUCAAGGUGUACUUCGGCAUACGCAUUGCCUUCUACUACGCCUUCCUCAGCUUCUACACCUGGUCCCUCAUGGUGCCUAUGACGGUGGGCGUCCUUGUGUUCAAGCACCGGGAUUCGCUGCAGUGGCGAAUCGCGGGUGUGCUCUUCAACUUGCUCUGGAACACGGUCAUCCUCGAGGUGUGGCGCAAGCGAGCCGACUACCUGUCCUGCUUCUGGGGGCUACACGAACAGGCGACGCCGUCCAGAAACAGACUGCUUUUCACCUAUGGCGAGAAUAUGCUCGCUCAGAGGGCAUUCCGCAUCCUCAUCUCUCAAGACAUCCAGCUGCUGCGCAAGCAGGUCUACAUCCAGCUCCUGAUGUCCUUCACCAAGGAAAACCUGGUCGAGAUCGUCAUGCCGAGUGCGCUGCACCGCUUGACUAGCCUGGUGCGCCACAUGAUCCGGCGCGAGCCCAGCUACCUGCCCGGCGUGCACAGCAUCCUGAGCGAGGCGGACAUGACGAAGUACACGAGCACCUACGUCGACUACUACAAGAUGUUCUCGCAGUUCGCCUUCGUCUUCCUCUUCGGACCCGUCGUGCCGCUGGCGCCGCUCGUAGCCUUCUUCGGCAACAUGCUCGAGAUGCUCAUCGUCGGCUACAAGCUGACCGUGGUCUUCCAGAGGCCCCUCAAGAUCGGCCACGAGGGCAUCGGCAUCUGGGAGCCCGCGUUCCGGGCCAUCGGGUUCCUGGCCGUGCCCACCAACAUCGCGCUCAUCUGCGUCGAGAACCCGGACUCUUUGAGCGCCCUCUCCCGGCUCUUCACGGACACCGAGUUCGUGCUAUUUCUGGUCGGCAUCGAGCACGCUCUCCUGCUGCUCAAGCUGACCCUGCAAUACGCGCUGCGCUCGGAAAUUCACUGCCCGCACUACUCACCCACUGUGACCACGUGA